GUUCCCGCAGCCUGACCCCGUUUAACCCCUCAGCCUUGGGGACCGGCCUCUCAGGUCCCGCCGCCCAGGAAGCCGCAUCCAGAACAGAUGUGAACUUUGAGGACAUGGCCAUUGCCUUCUCUGAAGAGGAGUGGGUGAUCCUGGAUGAGGCUCAGAGACUUCUGUACUGUGAUGUGAUGCUGGAAGUGUUUGCCCUUGUAUCAUCUGUAGGUUGUUGGCAUAAAAUGGAAGAUGAGGAGGCCUGUUCUGAUCAGCAUGUAUGCAUACAAGGCGAGUCACAGGUCAGGACUUCUAAGACAGCUCUAGCCACCCAUAAGAACCAUCUCUGUAAGCGGUGUUUCUCUGUGUUACAACAUAUUUUGCACCUGACUGGGUCUCAUGGAGCAGACUUUGAGCAGAGAGCCUUCUGUAGUGACGCAUAUGUUGGAGACUUCUGUUUCGGUGCAAACCCUCACCAGCAACAAAAGAAUGAAUGUGGAGAGGGGCCCUGGAAACAAGCUAUAGACAGGGCCUCUUUUGUGAACAGGUGCAGCUUCUCCUUAUCUUCAAAGCCUUCAACCAGCAGGAAGGUUGGGGAAGACUUGCAAUCCAACUCAGAGCUUCCCCAGCACCAGACCACUCUCAACACUGAGGAUCUACACUGUGGCAGUGAGAUUCCACAGGAAUUUCUCAGUGGAAAGCGUCAUCAGCAGUCGGGUGAAUGUGAAAACGCUGACAGCCACAACCUGAAAGUAGUUCAAUAUCAGGGUGUGUGUGCUGGAGAACUGAUUUAUGAGUGUAACAAAUAUAGGAAAGUGUUUAGACGAAACUUUAAUGUCAUUCGACAUAAGGGAGUUCACACUGGAGAAAAGCAGUAUGAGUGUAAUGAAUGUGGGAAGUUCUUCAGAAAAAGACCUGCACUCAUUAAACACCAGAGAGUUCACACUGGAGAGAAGACAUAUGCAUGCAGACAUUGUGGGAAGUCUUUCAGUUAUAAGUCUACCCUCAAACAACACAACAGAGUUCACACAGGAGAAAAGCCAUAUAAGUGCAGAGAAUGUGGGAUAUCCUUUCGUCAAAAGACCCACCUCACUGAACACCUCAGAGUUCACACUGGAGAGAAACCAUAUGAGUGCAGACAUUGUGGGAAAUCCUUCAGUUACAAGUCUAACCUCAAACAACACAACAAAGUUCACACAGGAGAAAAGCCAUAUAAGUGCAGAGAAUGUGGGAUGUCCUUUCGUACAAGGGCUCAGCUCACUAGACACCUCAGAGUUCACACUGGAGAGAAGCCGUAUGAGUGUAGAGAAUGUGGGGUGUCCUUUCGUACAAGGGCUCAGCUCACUAUACACCUCAGAGUUCACACUGGAGAGAAGCCGUAUGAGUGUAGAGAAUGUGGGAUGUCCUUUCGUCAAAGGGCUCACCUCACUGAACACCUCAGGGUUCACACUGGGGAGAAGUCAUAUGAAUGUAGAGAAUGUGGGAUGUCCUUUCGUACAAAGGCUCAGCUCACUAGACACCACAGAGUUCACACUGGAGAGAAGCCACAUGAGUGUAGAGAAUGUGGGAUGUUCUUUCGUACAAGAGCUCAGCUCACUAUACACCUCAGAGUUCACACUGGAGAGAAGCCAUAUGAGUGUAGAGAAUGUGGGGUGUCCUUUCGUCAAAGGGCUCACCUCACUGACCACCUCAGAGUUCACACUGAAGAGAAGCCAUAUGAGUGUAGAGAAUGUGGAAUGUCCUUUCGUCUAAGGGCUCACCUCACUGACCACCUCAGAGUUCACACUGGAGAGAAGCCACAUGAGUGUACUGAAUGUGGGAAGUCUUUUAGCCAAAAAUCUAACCUUAAUAAACAUCUGAGAGUUCACACUGGAGAUAAGUGUUAAAUGUACAGGGAAUGUUUCAUUUUACUCACUUAGAAUAACAACACUGAAGGAGACUCGUUGCAACCUAUUUUCCUGAAUUUAAACUUUUUUUAAUGGAACAUGCACUCUUCUAGAUUCCUCAUGUUUCCAGUACAGGUGAAGCUUAAAGGAGGUGCAUUGCACUUUCUAACAUGCCCAGGUCUUCUACCCGAUUGAUUUGUGGCUGAAGAGAUUUUCCCUCUACCACCUGGGUCUCCUGAAGAGUGUGUAUCAGUCCCAACCCCUAUGUGCUCAGGGGAAAUGUAUUCUGUGUUGUCACUUGUGCUUAAGAACAUUAGGAUCCCUCCACUCCUGACAGGAUCUUCAUUUAUCUCCGAGGAGGUAAUGCACCUGACCCAGGCUUCAUCCAGGGCACCCUCCUCAGCUAAGAUGUGCGGCCUCUGUCAGGGACAUGUGGUUCUUACAUUAUGCUGUGAUGAAUUGUUUCAAAUUCUGAUUCACCAACCUGCAAACCGCUUUCUGUCCUGUUUUCUGGUUUGUGAUCUUUAGUAAAGGUAUUUUUCCUUUAGUACCUUUAAUUUUCUUGGUUAUAUUCACUCCCAGGGAUGAUUUUCAAGCACAACUGUGAUCUAUCAUCAUCUAGAGUUAGUAGAUAUUGUGUGGAUCCCAAUCUUUCUGUGCUUUAGGAGGGGCAGCAUAAUGCCAGAAAAUCACUCUUUGACCAAUAUUGGCUUAUUUUGCAUUUUUCCUAAAGCCUUGAAAUAAAGACUGAGUGAAUUUGUGGUU